UCUUUUUCCUCUCUCUCUCUCUUCUCUCUCUCUCUCUCUCUCCCCAUCUGUUUUUUACGGAGGCAGUUCUGUGGGAAGAGAUAAUAUCAUAAGAGAAGAGAAAACAAAUGGGAGGAGAAAGAUCAAAUAGCAAUUUUAUUAUUCCAUCCAAACAUCAAUAUUGAAGAAGAAGAUGAGCAACAAAGUGGAUAUGGUUAUGGAAAACGUGCUUUAAAAGUGACAAGCUUGCUGGUUGCUUGUCUGCUUUGCUUGCUUUUAGGUCUUUUUUUUUUUUUUUUUUUUUUUUUUUUUUUUUGAGUUUUGCUUAAUAUUUUGAGAGCUUCUUUUGUGUGUAUAUUUGGAAGAGGUGGAGGAAAUAACAAGAAGAUCUGGGGUUUGGAAUGAGCCUCAAAGAAAAAACGGCAGAGAUCAGAUCAUGACAUGGUGCAACGACUCCGACGAUGAGAGGGCCAUUCAGAUUAUCGGCGCCCCUCCUCCUAAUAACCCUAAUAAUCCAAAUGAAUUUCGGAACAUAACUUGCCCCUCUUGUGGACAUCACAUAGAAUUCCAAGACCAGGCAGGAAUCCAUGAUUUGCCUGGACUACCAGCAGGAGUGAAGUUUGAUCCAACUGACCAAGAAAUUCUUCAACAUUUAGAGGCAAAGGUUUUGUCUGAUACCAGAAAGCUGCAUCCUCUCAUUGAUGAGUUCAUACCAACGCUUGAAGGGGAGAAUGGGAUUUGCUACACUCACCCAGAAAAGCUACCAGGAGUGAACAAAGACGGACAAAUCCGCCACUUCUUCCACCGUCCAUCGAAGGCAUACACGACUGGGACCAGAAAGCGAAGGAAGGUUCACACCGAAGAAGAUGGAAGCGAAACCAGAUGGCACAAAACCGGCAAGACAAGGCCGGUUCUUGUCGGCGGAGCAGUGAAGGGUUUCAAAAAGAUCUUAGUCCUCUACACCAACUAUGGGAGGCAAAGAAAACCAGAAAAGACCAAUUGGGUCAUGCACCAAUACCACCUUGGCAACAAUGAGGAGGAGAAAGAUGGUGAGCUGGUGGUCUCAAAGGUCUUUUACCAAACACAGCCUAGGCAAUGUGGAUCAAGUAAGGACGUUCCAGCGUUUGAUCAUCACAAAGGUGUGAAUAUAAGAGGUGGGCAAGGGCAUGAUGGUCUGAUUAGUGCUGCUACUAACCCUCUUCCUCCAGCAAAGAAGGCAGGUCUUGUGGAGUACUAUGAUCCUGGAGGUCCCUUCAUUAAUUAUGAUCAUCAUCAACAUAAUCAUAAUCAAGGGGGCGAUAAUAGAGAAAGCCCACCUCAGCUAAUCCCAAAUUUAGUUGUCCAAGGUGACGGGUCUUCGUUUAUUCGAUUAACUUCAGAUGCAAGCAAAGGGAAGCUUGAGAGGAAAUAGUGUGAUUUGACAAUAUUGGAUAUGGAUGGAAGAGCUCUUUUUUUUUCUAGGAUGGUGCUUUCCACACACCUAUUUUUACCUUCCACACAACUCUCUUAAUUUUCGGCCGUCGGAUCGAUUGGUUUGAAGAUGAUCAAAUGAUAGAAAUUAACAAAAAGCGUGUGGAAUGUAAAAAAAUAUUUGUGAAUAGCAUCAGUCUUCUUCAACCGAGGUAGUUUUAUACACAUAGCUAGGGUUUCGGUGGAUUACUACUACCGUGAUCAAAUAAGUUAAUGAUUACAAUAUUGAGAUUUUUGGUGACUAAAAACAAUAAGAAAUUAAGGAGAAUAUGUUAUACAAUUAUAUUGGGUAUUUUUAAUCCAUAUUAAUGUAUUAAUAUAUUGUGAUCGUGGAUUUUAUGA